CAUGGACCAGGGGUCUCAAGGGUAAGAGCUACGCACGAAGACCAACUUGAAGUGUCGGCCCUUUCCUCAGCUUAGUCAGCACGUAGACUAGAUUUCACCAUGUUCGUAGAGGCUAACAUCCAUUAUCUGCCUUGCUCUGAGCUUAGGUUGCUGUCCCUGCUCCACCUGUACCGCCAGUCACUCCUUUGUCCAUACGCUCCUUAACUAUACCCCCCAAAAAAACAAUUUCAGCCACCCAAAUUUCGAAACCACCAUACUCUCCCUCAAUGCUAGUGUUCUUGAUCUUCCUCCUCGUUUCUACAAUCCUUCCUUUGACCGUUGGCGCCACCCAUGGCCAUAACCAACGCGGGCGCCAUCAAGAACUAGCCCAACGGGCGCAAGGCGACGUGGGCAUCCACAAACGCACUUUCAACAACUCGCGCUUCACCUUUUAUGACGUUGGCUUGGGUGCUUGUGGGCAAGACAGCUCUCCCGACGAUUUCAUUGUCGCCCUGAACGUUGCUCAAUAUGGUGCAGGUUACCCGGGUCCACAGUGCUUCAAGUCCAUUACCAUUUUGUAUGGGGGCAAAACUGCCCAAGCCACCAUCAUGGACAAAUGUAUGGGGUGCCCAUAUGGCGGGCUUGACUUCUCUACGAGUCUUUUCAAUUACUUCGCUCCUGAAGAUGAUGGCGUCCUGUAUGGAUCGUGGUGGUUCAACAUUCAGUGACGGCGUCAGCGAGCCUACACCAAAUGGACGCCCACGCCGGUUCCUCGGGCUGAUUGGUCCUCGCCUACUUAUGCAUACUACCACCACUACAUCGCUGAAACAAACACUACUACCUCCAUCCUAUCUACAUCUUAAACCAGCACUACAUCUACAAGAUUCCUACUGUAAGCUCACACGAGCAGGGCCCAGUAAUUUAUCUCAUUUUAACAUCAUGAUAUCCUCUUACACCCUUAA